UUGGCUUUGGAUAUAAUAUAACUGAUUCUACAACAAAUUCGUUCAUAACCUUAAAAAGUUUUUGUAUUUAAAAACUAAUUUAAGACUUUAUUCUUUAUUUGAGUUAUUUUGAAAUUUAAUAUAGGAUUCUAAAGUUUGUGGGUUAAUUAGUAUAGUAUUCAAAUUGUAUUGUACUAUAUUUGAAUAAAAUGGCAAAUGAUAAAAAAAGACGUUCCAGAUCCAGAGAUCGUUCUGACAAAGAUCGCGAUAGAGAAAAACACCGUCGCUCUAGAUCUAAAGAAAGAGAUCGCAGAGACGAUAAAAGACAAAAACGACGUUCUAGAUCUAGAAGCAAAGAAAGAGAACACAAAAUUAAAGAACGUGAAGAAAAAUCUAAAACAGUUCCAACGACUGUAGGAGAUCAACCAACAGAAGAAGAAGUUAAAAAGGAAGAAGAGAAGAAAAAGGAACCAUUAUCUUUAGAAGAACUAAUUGCAAAGAAAAAAGCAGAAGAAGAAGCAAAAAGCAAACCAGUGUUUUUGACCAAAGAACAACGUGCUCAAGAAGCUCUGAAGCGAAGGCAGGAAGAAGUUGCUGCUCAGCGCCUGGCUCUGCAAAAUGAAAGAAACAGAUUUCAAAUUCCUAAACAAGAUCAAAGUAAAGACAAACGUGACAGAGAUAGAGAUCGGGAUCGUGAUAGAGAUCGGGAUCGUGAGAGAGAUAGGGAUCGUGAGGAGAGACCAAAUAAAGAUAAAGAAAAGGAAAGUGAAGCUAUAAAGGAACGAUACUUAGGACUUGUUAAAAAGAAAAGAAGAGUUCGUAGACUGAAUGACCGAAAAUUUGUUUUUGAUUGGGAUGCAUCAGAAGAUACCUCAGUUGAUUAUAAUAAUUUAUAUAAAGAAAGACAUCAGGUGCAAUUUUUUGGAAGGGGUAAUGUUGCAGGUAUAGAUAUAAAAGCACAGAAACGCAAUCAAAGCAAGUUUUAUGGAGAAUUAUUAGAAAAAAGACGAACAGAAGCUGAAAAGGAACAGGAAAAAGUAAGACUGAAAAAAGUAAAGAAGAAGGAAGAAAAACAAAAAUGGGAUGAUAGGCAUUGGUCUGAGAAAGCUAAAGAUGAAAUGACUGAAAGAGAUUGGAGAAUAUUCAGAGAAGAUUAUAAUAUAACAAUAAAAGGUGGUAAAAUUCCUGAUCCUAUCAGAAAUUGGAAAGAGUCUGGAUUCCCUCAGGAAAUACUUGAUAUUAUAGAUAAAGUUGGAUACAAAGAUCCAACACCUAUACAAAGACAGGCAAUUACAAUCGGUCUUCAAAAUAGAGAUAUUAUUGGUGUUGCGGAAACUGGUUCAGGUAAAACUUUGGCUUUCCUCAUUCCAUUACUGACUUGGAUUACAUCAUUGCCAAAGAUUGAAAGAAUAGAGGAUGCAGAUCAAGGACCUUAUGCAAUCAUUUUAGCACCCACAAGAGAAUUGGCUCAACAGAUUGAAGAAGAAACAAAUAAAUUUGGGCAACCGCUUGGAAUUCGAACUGUAGUUGUUGUUGGAGGUCUCUCAAGAGAGGAUCAAGGUUUCAAACUUAGAUUAGGUUGUGAAAUAGUUAUUGCAACUCCCGGUCGUCUCAUUGAUGUGCUAGAAAACAGAUAUUUAGUAUUGAAUCAAUGCACAUAUAUUGUUUUGGAUGAAGCAGAUCGUAUGAUUGACAUGGGAUUUGAACCUGAUGUUCAAAGAAUUUUAGAAUAUAUGCCUGUGACAAAUAUCAAACCAGAUUCAGAGGAUGCAGAAGAUGCUAGUAAGCUUUUACAAAACUAUAACUCAAAGAAAAAGUACAGACAGACUGUGAUGUUCACAGCUACUAUGCCACCAGCUGUUGAAAGAUUGGCUAGAAACUAUUUACGUAGACCAGCAGUAGUUUAUAUUGGUUCUAUUGGUAAACCAACUGAGAGAACCGAACAAAUUAUACACAUUAUGGGAGAAAAUGAUAAGAGAAAGAAAUUGAUGGAAAUUUUACAAAGAGGUGUGGAGCCACCAGUUAUUAUUUUUGUGAACCAAAAGAAAGGUGCAGAUGUUUUGGCUAGAGGUUUGGAGAAACUAGGUUACAACACAUGCACGUUACAUGGUGGUAAAGGUCAAGAACAGAGAGAAUAUGCCUUGGCAAGUCUUAAAAAUGGCUCCAAAGAUAUUUUGGUUGCUACUGAUGUAGCUGGAAGAGGUAUUGAUAUUAAAGAUGUUAGUAUGGUCAUUAACUAUGACAUGGCUAAAACUAUCGAAGAUUACACACACAGAAUUGGACGUACUGGUCGUGCUGGCAAAGCUGGAUUGGCAAUUUCAUUCUGCACUAAAGAUGAUAGUGCAUUAUUCUAUGAUUUAAAACAACUAAUACUUGCUAGUCCGAUUUCAGUUUGUCCACCAGAACUUAUGAAUCAUUCUGAAGCUCAACACAAACCAGGAACUGUUGUUACAAAGAAAAGAAGGGAAGAAAAAAUAUUUGCUUAAUAUUUUGUAAACAUG